AUGAAGGCCGGUAUUGUUGUCCUCCUUGUCGCUGCGGCGGCGGCACAUGUCAUCCCUCACGACGCCUCCUCCAGCAUUCCCCCCGACCUGGCUCUGGCCCGCCGUACGCCCAAGACCUCACACGCACUCGACGGGAGUCAUGGCAAGUGUAUCGCCGCCAUCGCGGACGCCGAGGACGCCUCCCGUCAGACCAAACCCCACGAAACCAGAGAGAAGAGAUCCCCUGAGGAGCCUCUGCAUCUCGAGAUAAACCCUCCUUUCAGAUAUCACAUUCCCGAAACCCCCGAGAAAAAGCACGCGAGACUCGAGGGGCAGCUGGUGAAGGUCGCCAAGCACUUGUUGGAUGAUCCUGUGGAGGGCGACGAUCCUGCUGAUUACAUACACCCUGAACUGAAGGAGAAAUGGAUCGAAUAUGUGGAGGACGCUGAGAAGAAGAAUCCGCCAAAGACACCGGAGGUGGAGCCUCCUACAAAGCCUAGCCAUACAUCCCCUUCUGAAUCAUCUUCUGACGAGCAGUCGAAGGAGGUUGAGCCCACUGGCGAAGAUGGGGGUUCUGACGAGGUGGGACCUCAAGAGCCCGACAUUCAGCCCGCUGAAGAGCUUCAGGAGCCUGAAGUUCAAAGUGUGGAACAAUUCAUCGCUGAAGAUGAGACUGAUAAGGGUGACCCUCACGAACCAGAAAAGCCGAGCGACAAACAAGUCCAACAUGCCGAGGCCAGCGCGUCGGAGGAGGCGAAGCCGAACAAGAAGGAAAAGGUACCCAAGGAAGUCAAGAAAGCACAUAAGACUGCCAAGCCUUCAAAAGGGCGAAAAGGGCCGAAACAUGGCGGGAAGAAAGGCGCAUCCGAUAAUAUGGGCAAAGGCAUGGGUAAGGGGUCCGAUGCAGGGUCUGCCAUAUCACGCAUGGGCGUCCCAGCAGCUGCGGUUCUCGGGGCCGCAAGCGUCGUACCUGAGGGCCUUGCCGCAGCCUCUGGCCCUGGCACUGCAGCUGUGGGAGGUGAGGCGCUUGCAAGGGCCAAAGUGCCUGGAACGGAGAGCCUUGGAGAGGCUCUGAACCUUGGAGGCGUCGGGAAUCCUGCGGAUGCAGUCAUUGAUACGGAAUCCCUUGGAAACACGGACAGUCUCGCUACUUCUGAAGCGCUUGCAGGCACCGAUGUUCCCGGCAAGGGGCCUGAGAAUCUCCCAAACACUGGCCUCGACCUCGCCACUCCAGACGCCGAAACUGUAGGAGCUGAGAGUAGCCCAGCAACCAAGGGUCACUCUGCGAUAGGUACUGGUAGUAAGAUCCUGGGAGCGGCCGCUCUUGCGGGAGGCGUGGCGAGCAAGAUUGCCGAAGGCGUGGUGAAGCUGAGUAACCCACUGCCCGUCCCACCGGCCAACGGGACCAAGAAGCAAGACGAGGUGCAAGCGGAGAUGGAGCUCGGUCCGAGCACUCUGUACGAGGGGGGCCAGGACGAGGACCAGGACGAGGAAAACCGAGAGCCAGAUGACCGCGACGAUGUUGACAAGGACCUGGAAGAGGCCGACCAGGAUGAAAAUAGCCAGGACGAAGGUAAUGCCGAGGGUGCGAUCAAGAAGGACAUGGACAACGUGGUGGAUUUCUUCGGCAGAGCAGCCAAGAGGCUGCUUGACAUUCUCAGAAAACUACGUGCUCUGCAGAUGGAAAGCAAGGCUGCCAACAAGCAGGACAAGGAAAACGAAGAAAAGCAGAAGGCCAUAGACGACGCCCAGGGGCAGAAGGAUCAUGAGGACCAGGAGACCUCUCAGAAGCAGAAGGUCAAGGAAAAGGCUCAGAAGAAGAAGGACAAGGUGAGCGCUCAAAAGCAGAAGGACAAAUCGAAGGCCCAAAAGAAAAAGGAUAAACAGCAUGCCCAAAAGCAAAAAGACAAGGCGAGCGCUCCAAAGCAGGAGGACAAGGAAACCAGCCAAAAGCACAAGGUCAAGGAAACCCCCCCAGAGCACAGGGUCGAGGAAACCCCCCAGGAGCAGAAGGGCGAGGGGAAUGUCCCAAAGGGCGCGGAGAAUCUCCGAAUCCAGAAGAUCGAGGCGAACGCUCAACGGCUGGCCGAACUGCGCCAUGGCGCAGGAGAACGCUUAAAGGUGACGGCAUUUGGCAAGGAGCUCGACCGGAUAGGUUUUGGAGCCCCAGGGAACGAAGUGAUGAGCGGCAUGGCAAAGCAGGUCCUGGACGUGGCCAGCGGCGAGUCCGAGAUGACCGGCAAGCAGGGAUCGCCGUACACGGUCAACGGCGUACAGAUAGACCCCAACUGGAAGGAGAAGCACAUGGAGCUCUUUGCGGCUGGUCAAGCCUGUGUAGAUUUCGAGCACUUUAGGCUGCUGGAGCUGGUGGAGGCCGACGAGCUGUACCAGGCAGUGAAGGGCAAACCCUCCGGCUAUUUCUAG